GGAAAAAUGCAUUGGACAGCUCUCCUUGCUCCUUUGUUUCUCUCAACUGUUGCAGUUUCGGCAUCAGACUUUUCUCUCAAGAUUGAUGUGACGCAUUUACCAGCUGAGUGUACUGAAAAAACUUCCAAGGGGGACUCCAUCACAGUGCAUUACACUGGGACACUCCUGGAGGGUGGAAAGAAAUUCGACUCAAGCUUGGACAGAGGGUCACCUUUAGAAUUCCCCGUUGGCACUGGGAGAGUUAUUCGAGGAUGGGACGAAGGGCUCCUCAACAUGUGUGUCGGGGAGAAGCGAACCCUUACCAUCCCAUCUAAAUUGGCAUAUGGCGAACGCGGCUUCCCACCCGUCAUUCCCGCUAAUGCUGACCUAGUCUUCACGACUGAACUCAUCGAGAUCAAGAGGAAAGCUCAGAGAGAGGACUUUUAAAAAUCGAGAACAGCACGCUGUCAUUCAUCGACGAGCGGAUUGAUUAUUUAAUGGUAGUUAUGCAAGG